CCUUCUGUGUGUGCACAUGUGUAGUACAUACCUGGGAUCAAAGCCAGCUAUAUAAAGUCCUUGAUUCUGUGUGGGUUCAAACACAUUUCAAAGCUUCAGGAUCCUGAAAGUUUUCGCUCUGCUUCCUGAAGACCUGAACACCGCUCCCAUAAAGCCAUGGCUUGCUUUGGAUUCCAGAGUCAUGGGGCUCGGCUGGACCUGGCUUCUAGGACCUGGCCCUGUACUGCCCUGUUUUCUCUUCUCUUCAUCCCCGUUUUCUCUAAAGGGGUGCACGUGGCCCAGCCCGCAGUGGUGCUGGCCAGCAGUCGGGGUGUUGCCAGCUUCGUCUGUGAAUACGGGUCGUCAGGCAAAGCCGCCGAGGUCCGGGUGACGGUGUUACGGAAGGCGGGCGGCCAGGUGAACGAAGUCUGCGCCGCGACCUACAUGGUGGAAGAUGAGCUGACCUUCCUGGAGGAUUCCAUUUGCACUGGCACGUCCAGUGGGAACAAAGUGAACCUCACCAUCCAAGGGCUGAGGGCCACGGACUCCGGGCUCUACAUCUGCAAGGUGGAGCUCAUGUACCCGCCACCCUACUAUGUGGGCAUGGGCAAUGGAACCCAAAUUUACGUCAUUGAUCCAGAACCAUGCCCGGAUUCUGAUUUCCUCCUCUGGAUCCUGGCAGCAGUUAGUUCAGGGUUGUUUUUCUACAGCUUUCUCAUCACAGCUGUUUCUUUGAGCAAAAUGCUAAAGAAAAGAAGCCCUCUUACUACAGGGGUCUAUGUGAAAAUGCCCCCAACAGAGCCAGAAUGUGAAAAGCAAUUUCAGCCUUAUUUCAUUCCCAUCAAUUGAGAGACCAUUAUGAAGGAAAAAGACUAUUUUCCAAUUUGUAAGAGCUGAGGCAAUUC